UGGAAGUUUAAAGUAUCACAUUCUACUAGGCAAUGCUCUCUUCUCGUGGAAGGGUGAGCGGGCAGAAGGGCAACCCCAACGACAUCCCAGCCGGGCUGAACCUGGGCGGCUACUGCAUGCUGAAGAUGGAGAAGUCUGCCUUAUUCUUCCACCGCAUGAAGCUUCGCAACAACACCCGCUUCCGCAUCAACUACUUGCAUACAAACCUCAAGGACCUGGAGAUCCGGACGCAGCUGUCGCUCCACGACCUGCACCUCGUCGGCUCUUACGAGAGAGCCAUCACCGAUAACGAUCCAUCGAUACUUUACUACGUGCCUACUUUUGGCCAAGCUGAAAUUCUUCUUCGGAAUGUGGAAUACAAAAUGGAAGGGAGAAUGCGAAUGCUAGAAGAUAGUCUAUUCAUUGUUUUAGUCAAUUCAGAAAUAUCUUAUUAUGACGCUGUGAUGUUAUACAAAAACAAUGCAACCCAAAACAAUCCCAUACCAUUAAACGAGGCUGUGACCGGUAUGUACUAUAAAUCAUUUACAGAUGACUUCAUCGAAAGAAUGAAGUCAGACUUAGAUGAAUGGCUACGUGAUUACUACAACGAGCAUUUAAUAUUUUUCAACAAAAUCGGACCAGCAGCAUCGGAAAAAUAUCGGGAAUAUGAAAAGCAGAAAACUGCAAUGCUGAACAGCUACGUUGAAGACUCUAUAAUGGAAUUGAAGUCUAAACUUCACAAAGUCAACUCCACGUCCGUGAAAUUACCCAACUUUAGCAUUUUCUCUAUCACUGGAAUGGAAAUAAAACUCAGAGAUGGAGUUCUUCGAGGCUUGGAUUCCAUGUACCGCCGCUCAAUGGCCACCGGCAAGAAAGACAAAGACGUGCGCAUGGUCGACGCAAUCGUUGGUUUCAGUUCCCUGAAGGUGGUAUACAAAUAUAAUGCACAACUGUCGAAUGGAAUGCCCCCCCUCAACGGAUUGAUGAUCAUGACGGCAGAUGAGCUCACGUCGCACAUGGCUAUGCAACUCGUAAAAGAGCCGGAGACCGUGGAUCUACGGUUCGAUUUCAUUCGUCAGAUGAAGCCAGAAUCAUUGACCAUAGAGGGUCCAGCCAACAGAAUGAUCGCGAAUUUCAAGCAUAUUCUAGAGCACCACAUCAUUUCUCUGAUGACCAACGCGUUAAUCCACAACAUUAGGUCGCUGAGCACUUUAACCAGAUGCCAUCCUAUUCUAUUUGGUCACGUUGACGAAGGUCAAGAAGAAGAAACUGAAGAAAAGGAGGAGGAACAGAAAAAUACAUUGGAUGAUAUAGAUAAUCAGGACCCCGAAGAAUAUACUUACAAUCUUCCCGACAACGAACUCGAUAAACAUCCCGACAACGAACCCGACAAAGAUCCCGACAACGAUGUGGACAACAAUGACAACAACCUUUCAGACAACAAUCGCGACAACCAUCCCGACUACAUAGUUGAUAAAGAAGAUAGCAUAGAAAUAGAACUGCCCCCAAAUGAAGAAGGCGAAACGAAGUCGGUGCGAUUCAAACACAAAGAAAGUUUGAAUAUCACGAACCUAAAUAAAUAA